CUUGACUGUGAAAUUUAGCAAUUCAAAACCAUUUGCAGCGCCUGUGUUCAGUGAAAAAAGGAGGAGAAGUAUGCUCAUGGAUAGGCUGUUCAAGCCCUAAAGCCUCAGUGACGUAAAUAAUACUUUUCACUCCGACUAUUCAGUUUUUACGAGACUAGCAUGCGCUUUCCUUUCAGUUGCAUGAGUUGCCAUAAACCCGCCUGCCUCCGUGUUGAACCCGCCACCAUUUAUAGCCUGGCGCUGACAAACAAUCUUAUUAUGAGAUUUAAACUUUGCUUCGGCUAGAGUGGAGGAUCAACAUGCGCUCCUCUUGUACUUAUGCCCCGCAAUUUCACGAGUGAUACAGUAAUACCUGUCUACCUACCCGCCUCUUUUGGCUGUGGUUAAACGCCGGUGUCCGCUCUCGGUACAAUAGAAAAAACCCCAGCAGGGCUCCGGGUCUGUUCUGCAUACAUAAAGGCGAGCGGUGAGAGGAGCGCGGCUCUGAAUUCAAUCACUCACCGCUAAAUGGAUCUUUGAGAAUCUCCCUCGACGCAGUCAGUCGCUGCUUUGUACAUUUCCAAACCGAAAACAGAAAACUGGGAUUUGUUUUCUCUUCCAUUUCUAUUCUCUACGAUCUAUCAGACACAUCUCUUUGAAAAUAUCCUGUAUUUCUGGUGGUGUACAUUAAGCUGUCAGUAUCGGGAAGUGGCUCUUGCUCCGUGAUCGUCAAGCAGAGCAUAAGAGAGGAAACCAGUGAACAUCUGUACUGCUGGAGGACACCAGGGAUGCUCUCUCACACUGAGGACUUCAGCCUAAAUUACAGAGCUGGGGAGGACAAAAAUGUUAUUCCUCCGUGCACAUGAGCAAGACACAGGAAAGAAGACAGCGGGAGAAACAAUAAGAUGAGACCAUUUAAUCAUGGUAACCUAUAAGCAGAAUAGCACAAGCCAAUCUGAGGUGGUGAAAUGUCCUUUAAGCAUCACCACAAGUUCACUGCAGGAAAACCUCAAUGAAACAAGCUCAGCGUAAAGGUAGAUAUACAACAAUUUUCUGAUUGGUACACAGGGGCAAUACCAUCUAUCAAUGAAGAGAAGACAAAUAAAAGGUUUGUUUCUGGGCCUGAGAACAGUUGAUCAUCUGGCUGAUUUACCAACGGGAUCAUCUCAGUUGUAUUGAAACCACCACAGUAUCACCCUCUCUCUCUCUCUCUCUCUCUCUCUCUCUCUCUCUCUCUAUUUGGCCCUGCACGACUCUCAGAGAAGCACCAAUGGCCUGCAGCUUAGGCAUGGUGACGAGUGCCUUGUUUUGGUCUGUAGCCAUUGUAUGUUUGACUCAUAUUGGCAGAGUCAGUGGAGAUUGUUGGUUAAUUGAAGGCGAAAAGGGCUUUGUAUGGCUUGCAAUUUGUAGCCAAAACCAACCACCUUAUGAGGCCAUUCCACAGCAUAUUAACAGCACCAUCGUGGACCUUCGUCUGAAUGAAAACAAAAUCAAAAGUAUCCAUUAUUCUUCCCUUAGUCGCUUUGCCAACUUGACCUACCUGAACCUGACGAAGAAUGAAAUCUCCUACAUAGAGGAUGGAGCCUUUUCUGCUCAGUUUAACCUACAAGUCCUUCAAAUGGGCUUCAACAAGAUGAGGAACCUGACAGAGGGGAUCCUCAGGGGUUUAGGAAAGCUGCAGUACCUCUACCUCCAGGCAAACCUGAUUGAGACUGUGACACCCAAUGCCUUUUGGGAAUGCCCCAACAUAGAGAACAUUGACCUCUCCAUGAACCGAAUCCAGCAGUUAGACGGGUCCACGUUUACCAGUUUAACUAAACUGACUACCUGUGAGCUGUAUACCAACCCUUUCAACUGCUCAUGUGAAUUACUUGGUUUUGUCAAAUGGCUCUCAGUUUUCCCGAACAGGACGAAUGAGCGAAUGGUGUGUGAUUCCCCACCUGGUGUCUCUGGUUACAGUUUAUUGAGCCAGAAUCCUAACAAUCCAACAUAUCGAAAUGCACUUCACAUGCUCACCACUGUGUGUACUGAUGAUUAUGUGACACCUUUCAUUCCUAUGCCCACUGAGUCCAUGCUACCACUACCUGACUCGACACUUGGUGGGAUGGAUGAAUGUCCCUCAGGCACAGAACCGGAAGAGACUACCAUCAGUACAACUUACAUCGAUUUGGAAGUAAGCCCUCUGAUGAAACUCAAGCAAGUAUCAAAUACAGGUGCAACCAUCACAGUUCAGAUUCCACAUCCCUACAAGAAGAUGUACAUCCUGGUUCUGUACAACAACAGCUUUUUCACAGAUAUUCAGAACCUGAAAGAUAUAAAGGAGGAUAUUGAAUUAAAAAACCUUAAACCACACACUAACUACACAUACUGUGUCGCUUCAAUACGUAACUCUCUAAGACACAACCACACUUGUCUGACAAUUACUACUGGCCCUUGGAGUGGCAAGAGCAGAGUUGUAAACAAUGCAACUGCCACUCACUACAUAAUGACAAUUUUAGGCUGCCUCUUUAGCAUGGUCAUUUUUCUGGGGGUGGUCUAUUAUUGCUUGCGAAGAAAACGUCAGCAAGAUGAAAAGCACAAAAAAUCUAAUAGCCUGAAGAAAAAUAUAAUGGAACUCAAAUAUGGACAAGAACUGGAAGGGGGGACUAUAUCUCGAAUGUCACAGAAGCAGUUGUUGGCAGGGGAAAGCAUGAUGCGUAUGCCAUACUUACCAUCUGCUAGUGAAAUGGAGCAGUACAAAUUUCAAGAGAUAAGUGAUACUCCUAAAAUGAUGAAGGGAAAUUACAUGGAGGUGCGAAGCGUGGACCACCAUGAACGCAGGGAGUGUGACAUGGGAAUGGUUGGGAACAGCCAGGGGUCAGUUGCGGAGAUUUCCACCAUUGCAAAAGAGGUGGAUAAAGUCAAUCAGAUAAUUAACAACUGUAUAGAUGCUCUAAAGUCAGAAUCCACCUCUUUUCAAGGGGUGAAAUCUGGAGCGGUGUCCACAGCAGAGCCACAGCUCAUACUAAUAUCAGAACACCCACAGGGUAAAUCUGGCCUUCUGUCCCCAGAGUACAAGGAUAGCUACCAUCAUUCUCUGCAGAGGCAUCGAACCUCUGAUGUCUCACCAAAGAGGCCCAGCACUGCCACAGGAGGGCCCAUGCGAAGCCCCAGGCCUUAUCGUUCUGAAUCUAAGUACAUAGAGAAAACCUCCCCUACAGGAGAGACCAUUCUCACUGUAACUCCUGCUGCUGCCAUUCUGAGGGCUGAAGCAGAGAAGAUCCGUCAGUACACUGACCACCGGCACUCAUAUCCUGAUGCUCAAAUAGAGGAGCUUGAAGGACCUGACAGCCACAAGUCCAUGCUGGAGCCUCUUACUCACUGCCGCUCCAGAGACUUAGCAUAUUCCCAUUUGGCAUCCCAGUAUCACAAUCUAAGCUUCUCCUCCAGUCCCGAAUACUACUGCAAACCUUCACACAGCAUCUGGGAGCGGUUUAAACUUCACCGCAAACGGCACAAAGAUGAGGAAUACAUGGCUGCGGGCCAUGCACUGCGUAAGAAAGUCCAGUUUGCAAAGGAUGAGGACCUGCAUGAUAUUUUGGACUACUGGAAAGGUGUAUCAGCCCAACAUAAAUCAUAACCUCUUUAGGUGUUUUUAAAAUAGACCACACAUUGCAGAAAUGACACAAGAACCUCAUCUGACAGUUGAAUAAAUGAAAACUUAUUAAAACAUAUUAUAAUCAACUACUCAUUCAUGUGUAUUAGCUACAUUCUCUUUUGACUGUGAGGAAAAUGGGGUAAAUAUUCUUACAAUUUGUGAUAUUAUGUAAAGCAUUCAUCAGGAAAACUUUUAUCUAUUAAUGAGAAAAUAUACUGCAAAUUAAUAUUAUGUAUGUUACAAUGGAUUUUAGGUUUUUGGGUAUCGCAUGGCCAGGUCCUGUGACAGUGGAUUUGCUGUUGUGUAAUAUGAAACUACUAUAUGAAGAUAUGUAAAGCAAAACCUCAGUAUUUUUGGACGAACUAUCUGAACCUUUUCUUCAAAAAUAAUCUUUUUCUUCUCUCCCUGCAUAUAUUUACUUCAAUAAAUCAAUGUACAGUUAUGGGUUUCUAUAUUUUCAAUGUUUGCUGUGUACAUGGAGAAGUAUUGGUGGACGAAUCAGAUUUAUCAAAUGGAGUGCAGUUUAUUUAGAUUAUCUUGUUAAAAGAAUGGCAUGUACCGCUUUAAACCUGUCGGAAUAUUUGCUAUUUUUACCACAACUGCCUGUUUUUUUUAAUUAUAUUUUUUAAGCUUUCACAUGCAUAUACAAUUUUAAAAUCCCCGUAAUCCCAUAAAGCAGUAUUCACUGACUGGAUUCUGAUAGAAAAUAGAGUAUAUCUCAUCCUGUAAUGAGGCUCAGUCAUCAGUUUCAUGAACUCUCAUUUGAACAUUUAGUACCAAAGUAGAAAAAUAACUGAAAUGUUUACAAUAUUUCUGCACAGUCUGGGAAUUGUAAUGUGUGAACAUACAACGGUAGGCUGUAGACUAAGCUUUUUUUUUUGUAUCAGUUACUCCUUCAAACUUAAAGACAUUGGGAAACGAUAAUAUCCACACAGGAUGUGGUGUUGAAGGCCUGAUAUCAAUCACUAACACUUCAAAGGGAAGGUAGCUGUACACUGUCACCUUUUGUUUAGGUACACAGACACCUGUUCUUCCCUGCAGAGGAGCUCGAUGGAUGAAUGUAACAGAUACAUAUACUGAUCUGUCUAUGGCAGCUUUUAUGAAUAUUUUCAAGAAAAUAUUUAUUUAAUGCUAUUAAUAACUAUGUUUUUUUUGCUUUGAUAUUUCUUCCACUGUAUUGUAUUGCAUAAUGUCUGAUCAGAUAAAUGCAGGAAAGUAUUUUGUUAUACAGAUGGGCCUUGUUGCUUGCUGAGAUGUCUCAUUUCAUUUUUAACUAUGAGGCUGUUAAAUCUUUUUGUAUUCUACGAAAGCUACGUACCAGACAAAUAUCAACAUGCUAGAGUAAAAUUUGAGAAUGUGAAACUGAAAUCUUCUGACAUACUGGCUGUGAAUUUGUAUACCAUGAAAUGUUUUUAAGUAAAUAUAAGACUUAAAGCUUUUUUUUUUUUUUUGUUGAUGUUUAUAUAACUUAUUCCAAUCAGGCUCAUGGUUAUUCAUUGUAUGUUAAUGAAUAAGUAAAACAUGUUUUUAACUUUGCUGUUCUUUCUUAAUAAUAUAACUCUACUCCUGCAAAGACAUUCAAAACAAUCUUUGCUGAUAUUAUAUACUGUACAUUCUGCUGAAUUGUGCUCAUGAUUAUGAAAAAAAGCUGUCCCUGGUAGGCUAGUGGUUAAGGCGCUCUCCCCGCGGCAUCCCGGGUUCGAAUCCAGAGUGCGCCAAAUGUCAACAUGUGAGUCAUCAGUGUGAAGAUUCGCUGUGGCGAGCCUUAAAACACGGGAAAAGCCGAAUGUGACUUCAGCGUGCAGUGGUUAGCGCCGUUGCCUCACAGCGAGAAGGUUCCGGGUUCAGGCCCCACCUGGGACCUUUCUGUGU